AUGAGUCUCGAGGACUUACAAAGCCUUGAGCUGCUCUCGCUCGUCUCGAAAAUUACCACGGAGCUAACGAAUCACUUGGGCAUAAAUGACAAGACUCUCGCGGAAUUCAUCAUAAACCUCCAUAAUGACUCCAAAUCACUCUCCGACUUCAAGUCCCACCUUACAUCCAUGGGCGUCGACUUCCCGAACUCGCUGGCGGAAUCUAUCGACCGGUUGAUUCUAACGAUGCACCCACGGCACAAGAACAAAGGGAAGAAAAAGCAAGUUGAAGACGAAGAUGAAGAUAUGGGUGGGCUAUCUGCAUUCGAAGAUUUGGAAAAGAAGUCGAGGGUGUUCAAAGGUCUAGCAUUGCCUGAUGUCGAUGACGCGCCGUGGAAGGCUGAAUACGAAAAGGCGGAGAAGGAUGCCGGCGAAAAGGGCGCGAAAAAUAAGGAGGAACCAGAUGCGAUUGAUGAUACGCUAGCCUUGUUGGAAAGCUUGGAAGGGAAGGUUCGGGCAGAGAGGAAUAGAAAGAGGACGAGAAGUCCGAGCCCAAUAAGAGAGGAUAGAGAUGGGAGGUAUGGGAAGAGCAGAAGGCGAAGUCGGGAUCGGAGUCCGGGAUAUGGCGGUGGGAGAGAUCGAAGUCCGAAGAGGAGAGAUGGCGACUACGACCGAUAUGGAAGGAAUGGAGGCCGCGAUAAGGAGAGAAGGGGCAGACGACAAGAUGAUUAUGGCGAUGAUGAGGAAUUCAAGCGGCCGCCUGCUAAGGAAUUAGAUGAUGCGCCAACUAUGUUCAAAAUCUAUGACGGUGUUGUGUCGGGGGUCAAGGACUUUGGCGCCUUUGUCAACCUGAGGGGUGUGAAGGGGAAGGUUGAUGGCCUAGUCCACAUUUCUGCGAUACAGAAUCAAGGGCGGGUUAACCAUCCUUCAGACUUAUUAUCGCGAGGCCAGCCGGUGAAAGUGAAGGUUAUAUCGAUUGAAGGUACUCGAAUCGGGUUAUCAAUGAAAGAGGUAGACCAGGAAACUGGGAGAGAUUUGAUCCCAGGGAAGAGAAUAGGGACCGGCGCGAACACAUCUAAGUUAUCCGGAAGGUUUGGAGCGCACGAGGAAGUCCCGGUAUUUGAAGAUGAUGAUGAUAACAAGGGGAAGAACAAGAAAAGAUUAACGUCUCCAGAGAGAUGGGAGAUCAAACAACUUAUUGCGUCCGGUGCACUCAGCGCGAAGGAUUACCCUGAUAUCGAUGUCGUCAACGAUGAGGUUGAAAACGGCGGAGAGUUGGAAGAAGACGUUGAUAUUGAAGUUCGAGAAGACGAACCGCCUUUCCUUGCGGGACAGACGAAACAAAGUUUGGAAUUGUCUCCUAUUCGUGUGGUCAAGGCGCCCGAUGGAUCAAUGAACCGUGCUGCCAUGUCUGGAACUACUUUGGCAAAGGAAAGAAGGGAAUUACGACAACAGCAACAGCAGGAUGCGGCGUCCGAAGCUGCCCAAAACAUCGACCUUCAGGCCCAGUGGAACGACCCUAUGGCUGGUGAGCGACAAUUCGCCACUGACAUCCGGAAUCAAGUUUCCAAGGCUGGUGAUGUGCCAGAAUGGAAGCGGGUUGCAAUGGGCAAGAACGAGAGCUACGGAAAGCGAACAUCGCUGUCUAUAAAGGAACAGAGGGAAUCGCUCCCUGUGUUUAAGCUUAGAGACAAAGUUAUCGAGGCGGUUCACGACAACCAGAUUCUCAUUGUCGUCGGUGAUACUGGGUCUGGAAAAACGACACAGAUGACACAGUAUCUUGCUGAAGCAGGGUUUGGAGAUCGCGGUAUCAUCGGUUGUACCCAACCUAGACGUGUGGCGGCCAUGUCCGUCGCAAAACGUGUAGCUGAGGAGGUGGGAUGUAAGCUCGGCCAGGAAGUUGGAUAUACCAUCCGUUUUGAGGACUGCACAAGCCCGGAAACCAAAAUUAAAUACAUGACAGACGGUAUGCUUCAGAGAGAGAUCUUGCUGGACCCUGAUUUGAAGAGGUACUCCGUGAUCAUGUUGGACGAGGCCCACGAGAGAACGAUCGCCACUGAUGUUCUCUUCGGACUUUUAAAGAAAACCGUCAAAAGGCGGCAGGAUCUGAAGAUCAUCGUAACAUCUGCUACGCUUGAUGCCGAGAAAUUCUCCCACUACUUCAAUGAGUGUCCGAUUUUCUCGAUCCCUGGUCGUACUUUCCCCGUGGAGAUUUUGUACACCAAGGAACCGGAAUCGGAUUAUCUUGACGCUGCCUUGAUUACCGUUAUGCAAAUCCAUUUGUCGGAACCACCUGGUGAUAUCUUGGUGUUCUUGACAGGUCAAGAAGAAAUUGACACGGCAUGUGAGAUUCUUUACGAGCGUAUGAAAGCCCUUGGACCAGCCGUACCCGAGCUCAUCAUUCUUCCCGUCUAUUCCGCCCUACCUUCCGAGAUGCAGAGUAAAAUUUUUGAGCCUGCACCACCUGGCAGCAGAAAAGUCGUCAUCGCUACAAAUAUUGCCGAAACUUCAAUUACAAUUGAUCAAAUCUAUUUCGUCAUCGAUCCCGGUUUUGUCAAGCAGAACGCAUUCGAUCCAAAGUUGGGAAUGGACUCUCUCGUUGUGACCCCAAUUUCUCAGGCACAAGCCAAGCAAAGAGCUGGUCGUGCUGGUCGUACAGGUCCUGGAAAGUGUUAUAGGUUGUACACCGAAGCUGCCUUCCAGAGUGAAAUGCUUCCGUCCUCGAUUCCUGAAAUUCAGCGUCAGAAUCUUGCCCAUACGAUUCUAAUGUUGAAGGCCAUGGGUAUCAACGAUCUGUUACAUUUCGACUUUAUGGACCCCCCGCCAACAAAUACCAUGUUGAACGCUUUGGAAGAACUCUACGGCCUUGGAGCCCUAGAUGAUGAAGGACUGCUCACCCGUCUUGGAAGAAAGAUGGCAGAUUUCCCCAUGGACCCGGGUCUCAGCAAGGUUUUGAUUGCAUCUGUGGAUAUGGGCUGCUCCGAUGAGAUGCUCACGAUCGUAGCGAUGUUACAAGUUCAAACUGUGUUCUACAGACCGAAGGAGAAACAACAACAGGCCGACCAGAAGAAAGCCAAAUUCCAUGACCCUCACGGUGACCAUCUGACGUUCUUAAAUGUCUAUACCUCCUGGAAACAAAACAACUUUUCGAGUCCAUGGUGUUUUGAAAACUUUAUCCAAGCCCGUUCCAUGCGUCGCGCCCAGGAUGUUCGACAGCAAUUAGUCUCUAUCAUGGAGAGGUACAACAACCGAAUCAUUAGUUGCGGAAGGAAUACUAUGAAGGUGCGACAGGCGCUUUGUACUGGAUUCUUCAAGCACGCGGCACGGAAGGAUCCAACUGAAGGGUACAAGACUUUGACGGAGGGGACGCCGGUUUAUAUGCAUCCCAGUUCGGCGCUGUUUGGAAAGCCUGCGGAGCAUGUUAUUUAUCACGAAUUGGUGCUGACGACGAAGGAGUACAUGCACUGUACGACGGCCAUUGAACCGAAGUGGCUUGUUGAUGCGGCCCCCAGAUUCUUUAGAGUCGCGCCAACGGAUAGGUUGAGUAAGAGGAAGAGGAACGAGAAGAUUCAACCAUUGUACAAUAGGUUCUCCGACGGAGACGACUGGAGAUUAUCGGCACAAAGAAGACAAGGAAGAGGUGGAGGUGGUGGUACUUGGGGUUAA